ACCGCCCUCCAUUGAUAGGGAGAAGCCACCUUCUCCUGCACUGGCCCCUAACCCUCAGGGCAGCGGCAGAGCAUGGAUCCCUCCUGAUUCUCUUCUUGGCCCGAUGAUUCUCACGGUCAAGCUGCUCCUGGGCCGGAGAUGCAGCCUGAAGGUGUCGGGGCAAGAGAGUGUGGCCAUGCUGAAGAAGCUGGUGUCAGAGCGACUGCAGGUGCCCGAGGAGCAGCAGUACCUGCUCUUCCGAGGCCAGCGUCUGGCUGAUGACAAGUGUCUCUCCGACUACUGCAUCGGGCCCAAUGCCUCCAUCAAUGUCAUCAUACGGCCCUUGGCGAAGACAGCGGCCGCGGAGACCGGCCAGCCCCAGCCCCUGUGGCACUGUCUGGGCCUGGUCCUAGCCAAACACUUCGCGCCCCACGACACCAAGGCAGUGCUGCAGCUGCUGAGGCAGGAGCACCAGGAGCGCCUGCAGAGGAUAAGCCUGGGGGCCCUGGAGCAGCUGGUGCAGGACCUCCUGAUGGAGGCGCCCUUGGGGGAGGAGGGGCCUGAGGCCAUGCCACCUACCCUCGAGAUGUCUGACAGCCGAGAGACGAGGGAUGGCGGGUAG